AUGACGAAAGGAACAUCAUCCUUUGGAAAGAGUCGCAAUAUGACGUACACGUUGUGGCGCCGCUGUGGCUCUAAGGCCUACCACCUUCAGAAGUCCACUUGAGGCAAAUGUGGCUAACCUGCUAAGCGAAAGAGAAAGUAUAACUGGAGUGCCAAGGCUAAGAGGCGAAACACUACCGGGACUGGGCGGAUGAGGCACCUAAAAAUUGUCUAUCGAAGAUUCAAACAUGGAUUCCGUGAAGGGACAGCACUUAAACCCAAGAGGGCAGCUGUUGCAGCAUCCAGUUCAUCUUGAGGAUUUCAGUCAGUCAUAAAAAUAAAACGUUCUGGUUUCAAAAA